AUGCAGCAAAAAUGGGACACAAACCCUCCACCACUCCAAACAACUCCCCACCACCACUCCAAACAACUCCUCCCAGCACUGCAGUUCGUCGCCGGCGCCACUGGUCUUCUCCGUAGCAACCAUCGCCGUCCGUUGCCGCCGUCCGUCACAGCAGAUCCGUCGCCGCCGUCCGUCACAGCAGAUCCAGCGCCGCCGUCCGUCACAGCAGAUCGAGCGCCGCCGUCCUCCACUCCUCCAUCGCCGUCGUCUCCAGCCCCGGUCGUCGUCGUCUCCAGCGUCUCCAGCCCAGCCGCGUCGUCUCCAGCCCAGCGCCGCCGCCACCGGUCGUCGUCUCCAGCCCAGCCGCCACCGGUCGUCGUCUCCAGCCCAAAGCCGGUGCCCACGCCGUCCGUCGCCGCUGCCCAGGCCUUCCUCCGUCGCCGCUGCCCACGCCGUCGCCGCUGCUCACGAUAUGACCGGUGGAUAUGGCAUGGUGAAACUGUACCUACUAGUGAGGGUACAAAUCAAAGAAACUGUAGAAAAAAUGUAGACAAAGAUCAAAGUAAUGAAGAUAAUGUUGGAAAUGAUGGAGACAAUGACCGGCUAGAUGAAUUGAUGCGUGAUAUGCAAGGGGAUUUGAAUGAAAUGCCUCAAGAGUUUGAAAGUUUUUUUGAGAGUUCUGGAAAACCUUUGUUUUCUGGAUGUAGUAAAUUUACAAAGUUAUCGGCAGUGCUUAAAUUGUAUACCGUAAAAGCAAAAAAUAGGUGGAGUGAUAAGAGUUUCACGGAGUUAUUAGAGCUUUUAAAGGGCAUGCUUCCUAAUGAGAAUGAACUUCCUUGUUCAACUUAUGAAGCAAAGAAAAUGUUAUGCCCGUUGAGUACGGAGAUUGAAAGGAUCCAUGCAUGUCCAAAUGAUUGUAUUUUGUAUUGGAAUCAAUACAAAGACAUGCAUGUUUGUCCGAAGUGUGGAGCAUCACGUUAUAAACGAAAAGGGCUUGAUGAUGCAUGUGACCACCAGAAGAAAGGUUCUCCAGCGAAGUUGUUGUGGUAUCUACCGGUGAUUCCAAGAUUCAAACGUUUGUUUGCAAAUGCAAAGGAUGCGAAGAAUUUGCAAUGGCAUGCUAGUGGGAGAAAAGAAGAUGGAAAGUUGAGACAUCCUGCCGAUUCUCCUCAGUGGAAGAACAUUAAUAAGAAGUUUCCUGAUUUCGGUGCUGAAAAUCGAAAUCUUAGGCUUGGACUAUGCACAGAUGGAAUGAAUCCUCAUGGUAACAUGAGCAGUUGCCAUAGCACUUGGCCAGUUCUUUUAACAGUUUACAAUCUUCCUCCGUGGCUGUGUAUGAAGCACAAGUACAUCAUGUUAUCAUUGUUAAUAUCUGGUCCUAAACAACCAGGAAAUGACAUAGAUGUGUACUUGGCACCGCUUAUUGAAGAUUUAAAGAUGUUGUGGAAUGAAGGUGUGACAGUAUUUGAUGCUCAUAGUCAAACCAACUUCACUUUACGAGCCAUGCUGUUCUGCACAAUCAAUGACUUCCCAGCAUAUGGUAACUUGUCAGGGUAUACUACUAAAGGGGCUAAGGCAUGCCCUGUUUGUGAAGAAGAAACAGUUGAUCUUUGGUUGAACAACAGUAGGAAAAAUGUGUUCAUGAGUCAUCGAACCUUUCUACCUAUUGACCAUCCUUAUCGAAAGAGGAAAAAAGCUUUUAAUGGAAAAUCUGAGACUGGAGUUGCUCGCUUACCAUUAUCAGGGGAUGUUGUUUAUGAAAGAGUCAAAAACAUUAAUAAUGUGUGGGGGAAAACUUCAAAAACAAGUCAAAAGGGUAUUUGGAAAAAGAGGUCUAUAUUAUGGGAUUUACCAUAUUGGGAGCAUUUAUCUGUUCGACAUUGUCUUGAUGUAAUGCAUGUGGAGAAAAAUAUUUGUGAUAGCAUUAUCGGGACAUUGUUGAAUAUUCAGGGUAAGACGAAAGACGGUAUUAAAGCUAGAAAAGAUAUGGUAGAAAUGGGGAUAAGGACUCAAUUAGCACCACAAGAAUCUGGAAAGAGGGCAUACUUACCUCCAGCUUGUUAUACUCUGUCUAAAAAGGAAAAAACAAGUUUUUGUAGUUGUCUAAAUGGUGUCAAGGUUCCUUCUGGCUAUUCAUCUAACAUUAAAAAGCUUGUUUCAAUGAAGGACCUUAAAUUAGUUGGUAUGAAAUCACAUGAUUGGCAUGUGCUAAUGCAACAUAUGUUACCUAUUGCUAUUAGAGGCAUAUUACCUAACCAUGUUAGACAAGCUAUUACAAAGCUUUGCUACUUUUUCAAUGCCAUUAGUAGUAAAGUUCUUGAUCCUGAGGUGUUGGAUUCCAUGCAAGCUGAGGUGGUAAUAACUUUAUGCCAGUUUGAAAUGUAUUUCCCCCCAUCAUUUUUUGAUGUUAUGGUGCAUUUAACAGUUCACUUGGUGUGGAAAAUUAAAAUGUGUGGUCCUGUAUUCUUGAGGUAUAUGUAUCCAUUUGAGAGAUACAUGGGAAUUUUGAAAGGAUAUGUCAGAAAUCGAUAUCGGCCAGAAGGGAGUAUAAUUGAAGCUUAUGGCGCUGAAGAAGUCAUUGAUUUCUGUACUGAUUAUUUGGCUAAUGUUCAGUCCAUUGGUGUUUCUAAAUCACGUCAUGAGGGAAGACUCACAGGAAAAGUGAUGAAAGAGUUAUCUCAAGUGCCAAAUAAUAUCACUGAAACCAUUAGGUGGUUAGCGUAUGGCCCUGGAUUAGUUGUGAGCACUUAUGAGGGAUAUGAUAUUAAUGGGUACACGUUUUACACAAAACGUCAAGAUGAAAAAAGUAUAGUGCAAAAUAGUGGAGUGACAUUAGUAGCACAAUCAAGAGAGUAUUCUAGUGCUAAAGAUACUAACCCGGUAGAUGCUACUAUGUCAUACUAUGGAGUCAUUGAUGAAAUCUGGGAACUUGAUUAUAAGGUGUUUAGGAUUCCUCUAUUCCGAUGUUCUUGGGUUGAUAACAGGCGGGGUGUUCGUGUAGAUGAUUUGGGUUUUACCUUAGUUGAUUUUGGUCGACUAGGAUAUCAUGAUGAACCGUUUAUACUUGCAUCUCAAGCUAGACAAGUCUUCUAUGUUUCUGAUCCUAUUGAUAGUAAGUGGUCAAUUGUCUUACAAGGCAAAAGAAGUAUUGUUGGUGUUGGUGAUGUUGUGGAUGAAGAGGAAUAUGACCAAUUUGAUGAAACCCCACCAUUUUCUAUUGGUAUUCAACCUAUGGCUUUAGGUGAAGAUAACAUUGAUACUAAUUUCAUGCGUACUGAUCAAGAAGAAGGAUUGUGGAUUGACCAUCCGACAGUAUAA